CAUCGUCCAAGAUAGGGUUUUUGCAUCAAGGGCUCCCCUCCUUUUUAAUACAACUGAAACCCAAGGGUUUUAUAGCGGGGCGCUCUGAUAGGUUGGAGCAGAUCUCCGCCGCAUCUUUCCGCCCAUUUCGUCAGUUCUCCGGCAGUGCGUCAGUUUCAGGUAAGUCAUGGUUAAGCACAACAAUGUUGUUCCAAAUGGGCACUUCAAGAAGCACUGGCAAAACUAUGUGAGGACUUGGUUUAACCAACCAGCACGCAAAGCCAGAAGACGUGUUGCAAGGCAAAAGAAAGCCGUGAAGAUUUUCCCACGGCCAACUGAGGGCCUCCUCCGUCCUGUGGUUCACUGCCAGACUUUGAAGUACAAUAUGAAGCUUAGAAAAGGAAGGGGAUUCUCUCUCGAGGAGCUCAAGGCGGCAGGCAUUCCAAAGAAACUCGCACCGACCAUUGGCAUUGCAGUCGAUCACCGCCGCAAGAACCGUUCUCUAGAGGGUCUCCAGGUGAACGUUCAGAGGUUGAAAACUCACAAGGCACAAUUGGUUGUCUUCCCAAGACGUGCUCGCAAAUUCAAGGCUGGUGAUUCUACUCCGGAGGAACUGGCAACUGCAACUCAGGUCCAGGGUCCUUACAUGCCUGUUGUGCGAGAGAAGCCGUCUAUCGAGUUUGUGAAGGUAACCGAUGAAAUGAAAUCAUUCAAUGCCUAUGCCAAGCUCCGGAUCGAGCAGACGAAUAAACGCCAUGUUGGGGUCCGGCUGAAGAAGGCUGCCGAGGCAGAGAAAGAAGAGAAGAAAUGAGGUAAUUCAACUGCCCCUAUGUUCAUUGAUAGUAGAAAAUUGCAAUUUUCAUUUCACUUUCCUUUCUCCGAAUUAUAUUUUUUUAGACUUUGGUACCCCUUCUUCAAUCCACUACUACAAAACUAAAGGUCAUUUAAGUGUAUGUUUUUCGGAUCUCAUCUGGGGAGCCUAUCCCCCUUCUUGUCAUUUUGUUUAUUUAGAACCUCUGUUAUGACGUUA